AGCGCGCGCCAAUGUUUGGCCACGCGCCUGGAAUAACGAGGAAGAAACAAUGCCGACCUACACACCGACGUCCCGUCAGACCUCGCAUACUUGACUUUGACGAGUGUGUCCCAUGCAAAAGACUACACGAAAUUGAGAGAUUUCUCUCUUGAUUGAGAGUAGCUCCUCCAGUUCAAGCCGUAUCGAGAGAAUGGCGGACGAGAAGUGGACCCAGGUGGCGUUCAUCAUAGCCAUCAUGGCUGGCAUGUACGUCUACAACCGUCGUGCCACUUCACCCUACGACUUCGAACCUCCCCCUGAAGAAAGAAUUCCCUGCCCUACAGUUCCGUCCAUGUUAGACAGUAAAAACGACUGUGAAAUGUCCUUGUGCCUGUGGAAAGAAUCGGACCCGCCGUUUCCGAGGUGUUUCCUCCCAAAGAAUCUUUACGGCUAUCAACUGGUAGAUGAUGCAGUACCCAGGUUACACGGAGACAUGAGCUCCAUCGCCUUCAAUCUCACCUUCAACGGGAACAUCUACAGUCCGUACGUAGAGAACGUCAUCAGUACCGCCACCUUCCAGCUUAUUCGAUACGGAGACAACAUUGUGCGCUUCAAGAUAAGCAGCGCCACGGAGGCGCGAUACGAGGUACCCGUUGACCUCGAACUAUCUGGGCGGACAGGAAAUGUGGUGGUUCCGACGUACGACUUCGGGGUUGGGCGAACAACUGAGAACUACUUCACCUUCACCAUUACAAGGAAGAGCACCGGCACCAAGAUUAUCGACACAAGUAUUGGAGGCCUGGUGCUCACAAACCAGUUCCUGCAAUUCGUAACUUACGUUCCGAGCACGGAAGUAUACGGACUGGGAGAGAACAACCACAAGACUCUGAGACAGAAGUUUGAUUUCAAGACCUUCUCUCUGUUUGCCCGCGAUGAACCGUCAACGACAGGACGUAAUCUGUACGGAGUCCACCCAUUCUACAUGUGUCUCGAAAAAGGCGGCAAAGCGCACGGUGUCCUUUUCCUCAACAGUAACGCCAUGGAGUACACUUUUCUGUCGGCUCCCGCAAUACGAUUCGCGACAAUUGGAGGCAUUCUUGACUUCAUCGUGUUCAUCGGAAACAACCCGAAUCAUGUGUUAGAGCUCUACACUAGUGUAAUCGGUCGGCCGUCGAUGCCGCCAUAUUGGGCACUGGGCUUUCAACUGUCCAACAUGAACUACGGGAACUUGGAAAACUUGAAGAAAGUGAUCGCUCGAAACCGGGACGCAGAAAUACCUGUGGAUGCUUAUCACUUGGACGUGGAAUACAUGAACAACUACACGGGUUUUACCGUCGACCCUGUCAACUUCGAGGGAUUGGAACAGUUCAUGAAACAGGAGACACGUGACAAGGGUCUCAAGUUCGUCAUCAAAAUGGUUCCAGCUGUUUUGGGCAACCUGAAAGGCUACGACGUCUUCGACAGCGGUUGCAAAAAGGAAGUGUUCAUCACCUGGCCCCCAAUUAUAGACGUGGAGCAGCGAAGCAAUCCAGGCGGCAUCGAUCCAAGCACCGAUAUCAUGUUCGGGCAGUUGUGGCGUCCGGCACCCGUUGCUUUCAUCGACUUUUUCAAGAACAGCACAGCGUCUUGGUGGAAGACGCAUUUGGAGAACUUCAGAAAGAAGCUACCCUUUAGUGGAGUUUGGCUGAGCAUGAACGAGCCUUCCGACCUCAGUAGGAGUAGCAAAGCACGCGCCGAGUGCAAGGUUAAGCUACCAGAUGGCACUUGUUGGCACCUGCGCUGUCCGAGGACUAUCUACGAUGACCCCCUCUAUCCCACAGGUGCGGUGACCAUUUACGGACCCGAAUCUCGGCUACGAGAUCACACCCUGUGCAUGAUCGCUCGCCAGGGGAACGAUGGACGGUUCCUUCACUAUGACGUCCAUAACCUGUAUGGCUGGAGCCAAGCACGCGCUACAUACAGGGCCUUGCAUACAUUAUCGAGUGAGAGGGUGCUGAUACUAAGUCGGUCGACAUAUCCCUCGAGCGGGAGAUAUGGUGGACAUUGGAUGGGCGACGACACCAGCCGAUGGUGGGAGAUGCAGAGGUCCAUCGUUGGCAUGUUAGAGUUCAACAUGUUCGGAAUACCUUACGUUGGAGCGAACAUCUGUGGUUAUCGCGGGACACCGACCGAAGAACUCUGUCUUCGAUGGAUGCAACUUGGAGCAUUCUAUCCUUUCAGCAGAAAUCAUAAACACGUUGCACCACCGGACCAGGACCCAGCCGUGUUCAGCCCAGAAGCUGUUGCGGUUAUGCGUUCUGCCCUGCAAGUCCGUUACAGCUUGCUGCCGUUCCUGUACACCCUGUUCUACAAGGCCCACACGAAGGGAGCCACCGUCGUACGACCGCUGUUUCACGAGUACCCAAAUGACACCCAGACCUUCGGCAUCGACACCCAGUUCAUGUGGGGAAGCUCGCUCUUGAUAUCACCGCUGCUCGAAGAAAGACAGACAUACAUGUCAUUCUACAUCCCAGCUGGAAUGUGGUAUGGCUGGUAUAAUUACACACCCUUCUAUAGUACAGGUGAGUACAUGGUGCUAAAUUCCAUCACCCUGGAUACACCGACGCCUUUGUACGCUCGCGGCGGUUCCGUCAUCCCUACCCAAAAGCUGAACCUCAAUACCGCCGAAAGGCUGGGCAAACCUUUCACUCUCAUCGUAUUCCCAGAGGAUAGAAAAGCACAAGGGGAACUUUUCUGGGACGACGGUGUAACCUUUAAGUCGAUCGAGCAUGGUGCGUACAACCUGUACUCUUUCACCGUUAGAUCUUGUCACCUGAUAAUAACGGUGGAGCACGCAUCGGACAAGGCACCCGGCGUCGUCAUCGACAAAAUUAUUGUCGUCAGCGCCACCAUAGCGAAGGACCUUUACAUCAACGGGGCUAAGAAGUCAUCCGCGAUUCGAAAGAUCAACGAGCACGCGAUGGAAUUCAACGUGCUCCUGAACCUGCAAGACCUCAAGUCGCUGGAUGACCAGAUAGAGAUCUCCUGGCAGAUGGCCGACGAACAGUGCGUCAUGUAAAGAGAUCUCCCAACGCUUCACGAAGCAUGUUCAAAUAACAAACAAGAUAUUAAAUUAGGCAUAUACAUAUUGUGCAUCGCCCAAACAGUAAAACGGCCUGGCACAGAUGUCGAAAUGGACGGUCUACGCCUUUUCUGAAUAUUGAAUAAAAGGAAAAGGUGCCAAUGCUUAUACAU